AAUCGUCACAGUCGAUAACGGUCGCCCGUUAGAGCGAGUUAGUUGCACCAAGUAUAAUGCUAUAGAAAGGGAUGGAAGAACAGAUGCGGGCAAGCAUGCGGGCACUAAUGCGGGGGUCAUUUUCCUCAGUCUGUUUGGCAGUUUGAAGCUUAGCUUUCGUCAUAGUCAUAGCGCGCGUAGCGAAAAUAAACUAGAGCGAAGAAAAUAAAUAAAAUGCCGGAUUUGCUAGCAUGUCGAGCAUGUUUGGCGUGCAGAGUUCCUGUUUACAAUAUAUUACGAACGAGAUAUGAACAGGCGUUUGAGAGAAUGGCAGCUAUAUCGAUGGCAGACCGCAUCAAGCCACACGCUCUCUGUGCCCCCUGUUUGGAGACCCUGGACAAGUGCUGCAGACUGCAGGAGAAAUGUGCCAUCUCAGAAGGCAUCCUGAACCGGUUGCUGCAUCAGAACCAGCUCACUGAAGACGCCAUUGCCGCAGUCGAUCGACAGCAGCACAACUUAGUUGACACCCUUCCAACCUUCACACUGGAGACUAUGAGGCCCAGUGAGGUAGAAAAGUCGGAAGGUAUCAAGAAUAAGACAGACUCUAAUACUGAACCUUGGGAGACCCAAAAGCUUGAAGGUCCGACAGAUAAUGCCACGCUUAAUACAAAGUCUGGUAAAAGGCAAGGUACAGAAAAUCCAACGGACGAAGCCGUGCUUAGGAUGGAACUUAAUAAAACUCAAAAUAUUGAAGAUCUGAAACAUGUCGUAGUUAAAACAGAACCUGACAAAACUCCAGAAAAUCCUAGUAAUAAUAUCACGGCCUGGAUCGAGCCUGGUAAAAUACAAGACACUGAAGAACCGAGUCUGUGUCACAUGGUUAAGAUUGAGCCUGGAGUAACGCAGAGUUCUGAAGUGACUGGUAACGUGGAGCCAUCAACGAGUCACACUAUAUAUAUAGAAACGGUAAAACUUAAAGAGACGCCGUAUAUCCAAAUUGAUGCAGGAAAAUUAUUAAGAAAUGUAAAAUCUGAAGAUGAUGAAAGUUUACUGGAAAUUGAUGAAGAAAUUAACCAACCCAUUGACACUGAAUUUAGUCAAAUAAACGAUGAUAAAAACAAUCUAAAAGAUAUUUUAGCUUCAAACUCAAGCAAAGAUGUCAAGGAGUACAAUUUUAUAAAAAAGUGUAAGGUAGAUGGUAGAACAAUAAAGAAGGUAUCGAGUGUUAAAUGUGAUGAUAAUAAGCCAGAAAUCCCAAAGCAAAAACCAGAAAAUAAAUUGUAUCACUGCAACAAAUGCCACUACCAAACCCUGCACAAAAAGAGACUAACGUACCAUAGGAAGAAACACUCAGGAUUCGUCAUAUGCGCUGUCUGUGAUUACCAAUGUGCUACAAAAAGUAGAUUAGUGUGCCACCUUCGUGUACACACUAAAGAGCGUCCAUACAAAUGCAAACAAUGCAACAAAGGAUUCACCGAACUAUGUAGUUUAACCAAACACAUGAAUUCGCAUAAGGGAGUUAAACCUUAUAAAUGUUUGUGGUGUGAAUAUCAGGCUGCUAGUAAGAAUCAUUUGGACAGACAUAUCAAAAGGCAUAUAGGGGAUAAGAGGUUUAAAUGUGAACUGUGUGAUUACGCGUGUGUUCAGAAGUGCGAUUUGAAGAGGCAUGCUAAAACUCAUGAGAAUGAGCGAGCUCGGUUCUUCAAGAGGGUAGCUCCGGUCAUUAUGAAGGCUGUUAGCAUGGCUAAGGAGUAAUGUAAUUUAUUGCGAGUAUUAGUAUUUACACUUAGAUACCCGUAAAGUUUUACGUCAAGUAUGGCAGGGCUCACAUUGACACUGCCAAUAUGCUGCCAAUAGUGCUUAGCCUAGUCAAUUAAAACAAAGGGGGUUAUUUCUAUUCGGUCUCCAAAAGCUUCUGCUGAGAAGGACAUGCAACUAGGUACAUAUUAACGCAUUCACUGCUAACGUUUUCGUAGCGCUACGCUCGUAGCCGAUUGAAGAGCUUUCCCGUUUUGUGGAGAAAAGCGACUACGAACAGAUAUCGAGUCCACCGACGUGUUUAGGUUUUUUCUGAAUGAUAAAAACGCCGAGUUUUAAU